CGGGAAUGUUUUCGUUGGUGUUCUAUUUUUAACGUGCAAAAAAUUGAUUAUUUUCGAUAGGGCAAUCACUUCCAGGUGUUUUUUCUUCUAUUCCGUGUGUGUGUAUUCUCCACAAGGAAAAUCUGAAAUUGGGCCAAAAUCUUUACCAUACGUUCUACGGGGGCAGUGAAGCCCAAACGAUCCGGCCGUACCAGUGAAACACAGGCGAAAGACUAUGGCCUUGCUGCGGAAAAUUUCCGGAGUGCUGAAUCGUGGUGUCGGUGGAUUGUCGAAAGGCCCAGUUCAUCCGGUGCUGCUGUCCGGAAGAUAUGGAAUUCAUCCGGCGCACUGGAGGCUCCUUUCCACGCUCUCGGGCGGACCGUCGCAGGCCGCACGGCUUGGAGCGGCGGGUGAACACACCCUGCGGGUGGUGCCCGGGACUGCUUGGCAGGACUCCAAUCGGCAGCGCCAGCGAGGAUACAAAAAUUUCGGCCAUCAGCAUGAAAAGGAACCCCUGUACACGAAGCUGUUCUACGUGUUUCUGUGCAGCGUGAUGGUGGGCUCGUGUCUGGAUUGGAAGAAGCUCGGGGCUGCAAUUAAUUGGCCGAAGGUGGACGCUGACGCCGGUGUGGAGAUGGGCAAGCAGAACGGCACCCAGGAGCUGGAGCAGGAGGAGGAAGAUGCCGACGCGGAAAGCGAUGUCGAUGCACAGGGCAGAAAGAAGAGUCGUAAGGAAAAGAUCGGUUUCCGCGAUCGCAAGAUCAUCGAGUAUGAGAACCGGUUGCGCACGUUCGCUACGGCGGACAAAGUGUUUCGAUACUUUUCCACCAUCAAGCUGAUACACGGCGAAACGUCCACGGUCUAUAUGACACCGUACGACUUUCUGCGCGCGAUCACACCGGGCAUGAAACAGCCGGAGGGACUUGGACUCGAUCAGUACAAGCGAUAUGAUGCGAAGAGCGUCUCGACCCGGCUGGAUCUGCAUCUGGACAGUGACAGCAUCUUCUACAAGCUCGGUGCGUACGGGCUGAUCUCGUUCUCCGACUACAUCUUUCUGCUGACCGUUCUGUCAACAUCCCGGCGCCACUUCGAGAUCGCGUUCCGGAUGUUCGACCUGAACGGGGACGGUGACGUAGACAGCGAGGAGUUCGAAAAGGUGGCGAAUCUGAUCCGCCAGCAAACGAGUAUCGGUAAUAGACACAGAGAUCACGCGAACACGGGCAACACGUUUAAAGUAAAAAAAGGUGUUAAUUCAGCCCUGACGACGUACUUCUUCGGACCGAAGAACGACGAGAAGCUGACGAUCGAGAAGUUUCUCGACUUCCAGCAGCAGCUGCAGCGCGAAAUACUGACGCUCGAGUUUUUGCGCAAAAAUCCGGACGAGAAUGGUAACAUCAGCGAGGCGGACUUUGCGGAGCUGCUGCUUGCGUACGCCGGCUACCCGCAGAAGAAGAAGGUGAAGAAGAUUAAGCGCGUGAAGAAGCGGUUCCGUGAUCAUGGUUCGGGCAUUUCGAAGGAAGAUUAUCUGAACUUUUUCCACUUUCUCAACAACAUCAACGACGUGGACACGGCGCUAACGUUUUACCACAUUGCGGGCGCUUCGAUUGACCAGGAGACGCUGAAGCACGUGGCCAGGACGGUGGCGCUGGUGGAGCUUUCAAGCCACGUGAUCGAUGUUGUGUUUACGAUUUUCGAUGAAAACAUGGACGGCCAGCUAAGCAAUCGUGAGUUUGUGGCGGUCAUGAAGAACCGACUGCUGCGCGGGCUCGAAAAACCGAAAGACACCGGGUUCGUCAAGCUAAUGCAUUCGAUACUAAAGUGUGCCAAGGAUACGAAACCCGUGCUGCUCGACCUGUAAAAGCGUAGCUUCUCCGCUGAGCUGUGUGUGUGUUCCGGGUCGUGCUUGAAACUUAUUGCUUGUUAACGCCAGCACAGCAAAAACGGUUCAUUGCAAACACCGCGCAAAUGUGCGAAAGCGCGCGCGCAUACGUUUGUGUAUUAGAGUGUAGACUAUUGUUUCAAUAUGUGUUUUGUUUUUAAAAACGUAACUCGUGCGGCUGCUUGUUGAAGCAACAAAAGGGGCGCGCAUACUUGUGUUACCUUUUCCCAUCCGUUAAGUUUCUCAUGCCUUUUGCGUAAAGUCCUUUGAGGAAAGUCAUUACCUACGCAUACUACUCCCUUUCCCGUUAGCUAUAAUGAAUCUUCGACGUACUUCGACUUGACCUGUCUGAAAGGAAACAAAAAGGGAUGGGCAUGAUGGGCAUGCGUUGCACACGCUGAACAACGUGACGCUUAGCUAUUCUCGUGUGUUUUACUGUGUCCAUAGCCAUGCUCUCUUCCUUCGUUAUUCUAUUUCGAAUAAAAUUUUCAUACUUUUGAAUCUUGUUACAAAUGAAA